GCUAACUUAAGUGCGAAGGGUAUCGAGAACUUCGAGGGUAUCUUCUAAUACCAACGAUCUUUAUGAUAUUUCUUAGGACAUUAAUAUGGCGCUCGUAUAUUAAUAUGGUUCCCUGCAGGUUACGCAUGAAACGUGAUGGUUGGAUUAUGUGGGGCUGCAUGGGAAUGUACACCUGAUCGGUUAUGGCGUGAAAGGAUCACAUAUUUGUAUACUGGUACCACUGGUAUACGUUCUAAUAUGACUAGAUCAGAUGAUCCAUGUCGAUCGGGAAAAAGCGAACUACAAGAUCAUCGGAGCAAUAUCAGCGAACAUUUCAAUUUGAGACGCGCAUCUCUGGCAGGAAAAGUGCAAAAUAACCAUAAGCACGGAAAAGAUAUUGUUGAAAAACGAGUGUUGAAGAACGGAAAUAACGACAGGCGGGAAAAAGGAAGAACAGUGAAUGAAGUGUCGCGCGUGUGAAGGGGAUGAAACCAAAGGGUUGUAGAAGUAGACGUUAGAGGAUGAUGGCGUGGUUCGAGGUUUAAGCUUUGGAUAAGAAGGACAGAGAGACGACGCGACGGUACGAGAGUAAAAGAGAGUUUUUCUUUUCCUUUGGCUCGUAGCCCCCGCCACGGCUUAUCUCCCUAUUAAAUCCAGCAAUUUUAAUACGCGUUUCUCGGCAAUUUCCGUGCUACACGUUCCACCGUCGACUUAGCACCCCUUCCUCGGCACGAAUAGCUUCUUCUGCUCCUUCUCUCCCUGCCAGGCGCUCCUCUACGAGCCCCGUCUGCAUCUUUCCCCUCUUCUCCGGAGCUCCGUCCUUUAAAUAAACUUUAUUUUUACGGUGCUAUUUAAAGCAAUUUCUGAUUUCCCUUAAUUCAUUACGACGCCGUUCCGUAUAGCCCUCUUAACACGCCACGGGCAUCGCUGGCAUUUCUCAUUUCCCCUAGUCUGCACGGCCACCAACAGCUACCCUGUGCUCCGUGUCGCGAUUCCAGAAUUCCUUGGAAUUCGAUUUUUUAAUCACAAAAGGGCGCUACAUCCCUUAUUAAGAGAAUUUCUAUCUUAAACAGCUGUGGGUCAGUGAUAUUCGAAUGCGUUUUCAAGCAGCUCUGCGCACUGACAGAUUUUUAAAUUUGAUAUUUCUCAAUUUCUACAUUUCUGAGCGACUCGUCUUCACAUUUCUGAACUUCAACGUUUGGAAAUUUUAAGACAUCAGCAGUUAGAAUAUACAAAGCACGAUAAAUUGAACGAAUACAAAUUUUUAUUUGGUACGUUAAAAGAAGUUUGUGGCGACUACACGUCCAGUGUAAACAUGUUUUGAUCGAAUAUCAAAACGAAUGCACUAUGUAAGCUGAAAAUACAUUAGCGAGUAAAAUCAGUAAUCAGGUCAUGCAGACCCUGAAAAAUACAUAAUGGAAGGAAUAAGUUUGGCGUCUGAAUCAGAGGUCUCUAUUACAUCGGUGGAAAUCCGAGAAUCGUUGAAAAUGUGGAAAUACGUCGUAACGAUCGACGAUUGUAGGAAAGACCGCGAAAUUUUUACCGCGUUCGUGGAUGGGAGGAACGUUAAGGGUAUAGCAAUAAUCGGUAAUAAAGAUGUGGGUUAAUAAACCGAUCGACGACUGGUGGCGGCACCGUCGUCGGGGGCUUUCAGGCGGCGGGCAAACUUUCUUGCCGGGAAAUUGAGUCGGAUUUGAGUUAUUGGAAUGGCGUUCGUCCCUUGCACAGGAAUCGCCCCGGUCUAGAGGAACCCCCUGUGUCUAUUUCGACCCUCCUCCUUCGCCACGCAUCUAUCGCCAUUACCGGCCAACCAGGGGGUGGGAAACUUGUAAAUAAAAAGGAGUAACGAUGACGUAACCAGCGUUUCGCGGUUGCUCGGGUACCGCCAGCCCCUUCUUUUCUAUUGAUCUGUACAACGAGCAUGGCGUCAAUAACAAUCGAUUAUUGUUUCAAGAGCCGCUCGUAAUAGGCUCUCGAAUGUCUUUAUUUUUCUCUUCCUUCGUUACUUGCGAUCAACUUACUGAGUGCUUCAGUAAUCGCGACUCAACCCUCCAAACGAUUCCUUUUACAAUUCAAUCCCUCGAGUCUUUUUUUCAAAUAAAUAGUCAAUGCUGUUUGAUAAAUAAAUCGAAAUGUUAUACACGAGAUUUUAGCCUUUGUAAUGCACAACAAAUUUUAUAAAAAAAUUAGUCUACAUUUUAUCUUUACUUAUACGAAUGUAAGGGAUGUUAUUUUUCAAUACCUGAUGUUCGGAUCAUUUAAAGCGUCUCAUGUCUAAUACAUGAGCAAUAUUGGGCAAAUGAAUAUAGGUGGUAACCACUAAUUGUGUUGUUAUAACGCUUCAACCCUUUGUUCUUUUCAGGACAAGGGUAUCUGAAGAAGACCCUAAAAAAGGGUCGAGACGAUAUAAUAAUGUAAUUAGUGGUUAACACCCACAUUUACCUGAAAUACUUAUUAGAAGAAUACAGAUGAAAGAAAGCGAUAGAAGCUAAAUGACACCUGUACCUUAUAGUUUACAAAAUAAAGCCUACAUGAAUUUAAUUUUCCAAUUCCGACAAUUACUAAAAUACCCGAUGUGUUUCUUUACUUUAAUAGUCACCUUUGUGCGGUCCACGAGAAACGAUAAUCAACUAUCCUCCUUAUCUCGCAGUGUGUGUUUCGCCUGGCAAUUAUCGAAAGGGUCGCCACGUAUUUUCAUUGUUCGCCAAAAGAUACUUUCAAGGAGGGUAGGCUCCGAGUUUAUCGAACAACGUAAAGAUAAGCGCGGUUGAUAAUGAAAUCACGAUGAUCCCGAAUUAAAAGGAGAGUAGGUUAAAGAAAGGGGAGGGGGCAGAGACAGUAGAUUUCCCACGUUACAUCGUCGCUCCCGGGGCAAUUCGUAUCGUGUCGAGAUCAUUAUACAUUCAUACUCGGUCGACGGGGUUAA